AUGUUAAACACAUAAUCCUAGGCAUGGCUUUGAAUGAACCUGACCGAGAUAAAUUAAGGUAAGACAUAACAAACACACCAGGUUUAGCCUUUUUAGAUUUUUUUUAAGCAAGAGUUCUAGCCAAAACUCACAAACUUAAUUUCCGCAAAAAUUUGAAUACAAAUUUAACAGCUAACACCUUCUUUGUCUUGCACAAGACGCAUAUGUUUGAAGGCGGCUAGACUUAACCAAGCGGGAGAACGUUAAUAUUUGUUUUGCUAUAUAUUAAGAACAAAAACAUCGAUUAUAGAUUAUGGGGUAGGUUGUAACGCCGGUUCCUCAAUUUCGUGAUCAAAAGUAAAGCGAAUCGAAGUGCAUUUCCCCCUCUUUUUUAUUCCUUUUUUUUACAAGUUAUAAAUUAAUUAUCGCCAUGCGGAUACUCCUGUCGAACUUUGGGGUUUCCAUUGGCGAAAAUCCUCUCUUUAAAAAAAAACUUGAAUACUUGGCAAGCUGUUUAAUAUUUUCAUCACGUUAUCAAUACCAAAAUAUGCCAUGAAUAAUUCACUAUAUCUUUUUUAAACAGCACAUGGUAACAUCUGGUCUUUCUUUUUUCUUGCUCAGUUCCGGCUAGAUCUCAAACGUAAGCUAAUUGGUGAAAAUCUGUAUUUGGUUUGUGUUGAAUGAACGUACUACCUUAAUCAAGAGCGAUUAAAACUUGCUUGAAAAUAUAUUACUGCUUAAUAACCUACUGGCAAAGACCCUGUCGUAUGUUUUAUGCUAAUAAAAAAAAUAUGUUGAAACAGCGAAUGAAGAGAUUUGAUAUGUGAUAAGAGAAAAUUAUUCACUGAAUACAUUCACGGGCCAGAUUAUUAUUAUUAUUGUUAUUAUUAUUAUUAUUAUUAUUAUUAUUAUUAUUAUUACUAUAAUAUUAUUAUUAUUAUUAUUAUUAUUAUUAUUACUAUAAUAUUAGUCUGUCCGACUUACCAAGCAAGUGUGUUUGUGCUGAGAAGUAUACCGUCUGCCAUACCCUGUCAUGCAAAAAGGGAGGGUUCGAGGCGCAGAGACACGAUGGUGUUCGUAACCUACUUACCUCACUUAUUGGUAAGGUUUGCACCAACGUUGAAGUAGAACCACAACCACAACCACUCGAUAAUGAACGAUUCAACCUCAGAAGCGCGGUAACAAGCCCGGAGGCAAGACUGGACUUUAAGGGAGGGGGCUUUUGGUCCCGUGGAGUUACAGCACUUUUUGAUGUCAGAGUAACACAUGUUAACUCCAAGUGUAACCAGGGAAAAGCAACAUCCACAAUAAUUAAGGAGCAGGAGGAGGAGAAAAAGCGGAAGUACCAACAGAUGGUGCUGGACGUUGAAAUUGGAUCUUUCACUCUCCUAGUAAUUUUUGGAACCAACGGUGGGAUGGGAGCCGCCUGCAACUGCUCUCUCAAACGCCUAACCGAGAAGCUCUCAGAAAAGAAUGAAGAACCUCAACAUGUUACCAUUACUUGGAUUAGGACAUUGCUUUCUUUUGAGAUUUUAAGGUCGGUUCACACAUGCGUAAGAGGUUCCAGGACACCCUUCCACAAAAUUCCAUAAGGGGAUUCAUUUUUAAAUCCUAAAACCGUGCCGAGAAACAGUAAUGUUGUUAGCAAAUGAACAAUAAAAGUUAUUGAAUUUUGCUUUCGUAUGAUAUGAAGAAUUAUGCAGAUCUCAGAGGCUGUUACUCACCAAGGUCACUGUGCUCGAGUUCAUAAAUUAUCUACAAAGAGAAACACACUAACUUAUAGAAAGCUUUGUUACUAACCGACAAUGGAAGGGUUUAACCUUAAGGGAAAUACGUAUUGAAAGUUAUUGUUUUCGCAAAAAGGAAUGCAAAUGUUUUAACAGCGAGACAGAAUAUAUCAUUUUUCGCCGGGUUGCGUAUCCUGGAAUUGAGUCCAAGAGAGCUGGAGGCUGGAGUAACCUUUGUGAAAGAAACCUCAUUGCUUUUCAAUCGUAAAUCAUCUUCUUAGGCUACGAAUGACACAAGGUUUCUAUCAAAACAAAAUCACCGUCAGCCCGCCUUCCACUCAAAGGCUAGGAAUGCUCAGCUCCCAAAAAAAUGGUCGGCGCUCAAGUACACACUAUACCGCUCUUCUUUGUGACACAAAUUAAAUCAAUUCCAUAAUUUACCCAUUGUAUUUUAACGAAGCGUAGCACUUUUAUAGAAAAAACUAAUUGUUUGCUAUAUCGUCUUAACAGAUAAUUACCAAAUGCUACGUUGUUCGUACACAAGUGCCGGAAUGUCUCAGACAACUGUCGUUUUAGACGAUGCGUUCAUCGUUGGGGCUCCGCAUUGCUUUGUCUUACCUAAAAGCCUGCUUGUACUCACUGCCUGCUUUCAAAUUCACAUCAGUAAAAUAGACGCAGACAGAAACGGUACAUAUCUGCGAAGUACGGAGCCUUCACCGUCGCUCAGUCAACACAGCACGGGAGCCGUUCAGAAACAUUUACAAGCAACUGCAGACUCACUAAACAACAGUCUUUCACUCAGUCGCUUUCAAACGGCGUCCGCGAGCCCUACUUCACAGAUGACAAAGAUGGAUAGCGGAUCAAACAUAACAAAUGACAAGAAGGCAAAUAGACACUAUUUAACAGGGGACAAAGACAAGGGUGUUAUAUUUUAUAAAAGGGUAAGUUAUGGCUCUAGCAUAAUGUACAUUAGAAUGGAUGAUGAUGUUGUGUCUCAUGGAUCAAAAAACUGUUAGCGAAUUAGCCUGCGAGUAAGCUGUGGCCUAACAAUUUGACUACGUCAUCUAUAACGACAGGGUUUCGUUUAUGAACGCCGACUUUUUUUGUUAUUGUUUUAUUGUGCUCUCUGUUCCUUGGGUUUGCAGAAAGAACGAAGCAUGAUGUUUAAUGGUAGCGGAAGGGAUGGGCAGUAUUCGCUUAAUUGCAACAUAUUUACCUCGUUAUUUACUUUCCAUCUGAUGCAAACAAAAGUGACUGCUCUAUUGCUAUAACGGAUAAUGGAAUUUUACAUAGGUUAAUUAUUGAUAUAAUUAAGUUCUUAUGACAAUGGAGUGCCGGUUAAGCUUACUCUCAACAAUUCUUGGUGUAGUAGAGAUCUUUGAUUUUACACUUAUGCUGAAAUUUCUUGCGUUUGUUAUUGCUGGAUUUCAGCAUGGUAUUUGUACAUAGUCCUGGCCAACUAUCCCUGAUGAUUUGACCAACUUCAUUGCACCUUGUAGCCUGUGCGCGCGCAAAGUUUUGGCAGAGGAGCUGCGAAGCCGUGCGAAGCAUGGAAAGGAGAAGCUUUGAAUUUUCACGCCACAAAGCCACGAGAAUGGCGGCUUAGCCGCGAAAACUCUCACCAGCGCUAAACCAAUUCCGCCAGCUACGUAGGCUGACCAACUUGCUACUCCUUUAGAUUUGUAGCCACGUGUUAAUCUAGGCAAACGAAAGCUAGACACUAACUAUUAAAGGCUUACAACAGUCGACCUGUCGUGAGCCAUAUUACUGGUAAGCUUCAAAGACUAAUUUUGUCUUUUUGUUUCCACUUUGGUUUCAGAUUGGUGGAUGGAUAACCUUAGGCGUCGUUAUAACAGCACUCGUGUUUCUUACUAUUACCCAUUUUAGCUCCAUACGUCAGGUAAAUAUGAGGGAACAAAUCAGGGAGCCAUUCUGUUCCAGCCCGCCAAAACCAAGUGUUUAACUGGAAACCAGAGCAAGAUCACACCACGCCGACUUCUUCGUUAAAAAUUUAGCGUGGAAACUUUCCGCUCUGCCUUAAGAGCGUAAUUUUGUUAGUCCAUCUCAGUCUGUUUUAUAUCUGCAGCAAGGCUGAGCCAGUCGGAGACCGACAGUAGGCAGCUGAUCAUGAUACGUCAGCAAAUGGAAAUCCAGAAAUUCCGACACUGAAAGCCGCUAUGUUAGCACUCCCCCGCAGACGUUCUUUCGGCUUGUGACGCAAUCCUCCCCAACCAACGUCUGCUGGAGCGAGUGGAAAAAAAAGUAGACUAAUCACAUUACACUUCUAGAUCUGGGAAAUGCACUUUGGACCUUGAGAAAUUUCGUGCGAGGCUCCAGAAAAGAUCAGAAAAGGAAAGAUGAAGACCUUACACUUACAAAAAAACUAAUCAUUUAACUCACACGCCUUCAAACUAGAAGCUACCCUCACAAUCUCAUUUAAAAAAAUUACUACGGAGGUAAAAUUUGGUAAACAAAAGACGAAUUUACUACAAAACAAUAUGCUGCAAAAGAAAGUCAGUCUUUUGUUCAGUUACAGGUACUAUCCCACCACUGUCUCACCAAAAGAACACCUUUGUGAGCAAUUGGCGUCCAAUCCAGCGUUUACAGAGAGAAGCAUUUAA